CGCUCACCUCAGAUCCGCGCCCGCGCCGUGGCCGCCGCACGUAUACACCGCGAACAAAACAAUUGCAGUGCAGUGAUUUAGUGUCAUGUUGUGAUAGUGAAGUGUCGAAAUGGAGUCGACGCCGAUCUGUCGGUGCCGUGUGCUGUACCUCGGCUCCGCAGUGCCGCAGCAGAGCAAGGACGGCCUGCAGGGCAUACAGGAACCCUUACGCGAACUGUACCCGGAAAAGGGAGCGACCACCGGCGGCAUAGACUCGUGGCUGUCCGUCUGGUCCAAUGGAAUCUUGCUCGAAAAUGUGGACGAGAGCGGCUCGAGAGUCGCGAGAUUCUUCCCGAUCUCGAGCUUACAUUACUGCGCCGCCGUGCGCCGGGUGACCGUGGAGGGUGCGCCGCGGUUCUUACCCCUGGACUCGCCGUUCGCCCGGGCCCCGGCACCGCGGCGGCCCCCUUUAUUCGCAGCCGUACUGCGCCGUACGCAGGGCAUUAAAGUUCUGGAAUGUCACGCCUUCAUAUGCCGUCGCGAGGCGGCUGCCAACGCGCUAGUCCGGUGUUGUUUCCACGCGUACGCGGAUAGUUCAUAUGCUAAACGACUGGAAGCGGAGCGCUCGCCCUCUCAGCUGCCUCCGGAACCCGACGAGGAGUUGGAGGUGUACGACGGAGAUGAGAACCACAAGGUGUGGGUCGGGGAAACGGAGAGAGACGACGCGAGCGACGACAUCCCGCACCAGACGCGGGCGCCGCGACCUCGGCAGAUCACGCGGCCGGCGUCCGUGCCCCCGCCGCCGCCACCACCCGAGGAGCCCAAAAAGAAAUCGACGACCAAGAAAACGAAAAAGAAGUCGUCGGCCUCGGCCGAUGAGUUAUACGCGACGAUGCCGGGGCCGGGGCCGGCGCACACGGCGCACAUGAUGAAUGGCAGGUCGCUGGGCCGCGCGCCGCCGGCGUGGGCGGCCGGGCACCCGAUGGUGUUAGUGGCCCACCCGGCCGCGACCCUGCCGCAUGCGAGGCCUGCCACGCUGGCCCACAGGGGGCGGGUGUCCGCGGCGUUGGCCCCGGGCCCUUUUCCCCCAGGCCCUCCUCCUGGAAGGGGCCGUUUGCAGUACGCUACAGUUGACCCUCGACGCUCAAAGCCGCCGCCCGCGGCCAUGAAGGCAGCACAGAGUAUGACGGGGCUGGAGGCGGUGGAGGACGCCGGUGGCAUAUACAGGAAGAAGGGCCAUUUAAACGAGCGAGCGUUCUCGUACAGCAUCAGGCAGGAGCACAGGAGUCGUUCGCAUGGGUCUCUCGCCAACCUGAAGUUCGCUGCUCCACCUGAGGUGGAGUCAGGUCGCGAGGAGCUGAAGAAAGAGCGCGAGAUCAUGCAGCUGGUGGCAGGGCUGCAGCUCGGGCCCGAGGACGACCGCCGAGACCUGCCGCCUCAGUACAUCCGCACCAGGCACGCGCCCAGAUAACACCACGCCAACGAGCAACGCCAUCUACCGGCCAAGCAGAGAACUAAGGGUGUCAUUCUGAAAAUUCAAUAAGCAUUGUGUAAAGAACUAACGCCUAGUUCGAGGUACAUUGCUUGGUAAUAAAGCAGCCAUAUUUUGUUUUAAGCUGCACAAUUUAUACAGCCAGGGGCCUAAUUAUGUUAUUCCAAAUCUAUCGUAAUUCCUGCGAUUGUGAUUCGAUAAAAAUGACAAACCCCGUCAAUUUGUUGAAAUUUUAGCCAAUCACAAAUGCUGAUGUUGAACUUACGAUAGAUUAGGUAGAUACUAAAGUUAGAUUAUAACCAUUAGAUAUUAAAAAAAUACCCAAUUUUGAAGAUGAAGUGACUUGUUUUGAAACUUUGCAAGGCAUUGAUGUCAUGCAAAGUUUGCUGUAAGUAAAUUAUAAAAGUAAUGAUUUUAAACAAAAAAAAUAUACGAUUCAUUUCAUCUUUCAUACCUAUCAGAUAAGUUUAUGUAUAAACAUGGUGUUUACUAUUCAAUUUUAUUCUAGCUCCAAUAAUAGUGCCUUGUUUUUGAGCUCAUUUCAUACAGUCACGAUUUAAUGUAAAUAGGCAGCAUCGGAAAUUAAUAAGUAUAAUCUAAAAUGGUCGAUAUUGCUAACCUAACUAUAACGUUGUGAAGUGAGCUAUAUUGUUAUAAAAUUACAAAUUCACUGUGAAAAGUCACAAACAAUAACUGUCCUUAACACAUCAACGAUGAAAUUACUGAAUUAGUAGACAUAAUUAGUCACAAUUCAAAAAGGUGAAAUUAUUGCAUGACUAAUUGUCCAUUUAUUUUUCAUAUACUUCCUUUAUAAAAUAAGCAAAGAUAACUUUUUGAGAAAGAGCUUUAAAGUCAGAAUAAGCACCCAAUUAAAGUAUACUUACGUAAACAUGCCAAGCAAUGUACACAGAACUAUAGUUUUGUUACGACACUUACCAGAAUCAGUCUCGCGUCAAUGCGUGCGCGCAUGACCGGAAACUGUACCUCCGAGUUCGAAUUAUGAAUGCCCAGCCAUUUGCUAUCAAUUCCGACUUUAUCUGAACGUUAUAAGAAACAUAAAGUAAGCGAGGAUUACGAAUUGAAAAGUUAUAUCGAUAUAUAUCGCAACUGUCCACGUCCUACUUAUUGGCAUGCAAGGUUUUCGAUACAUUGUAAUUCAUAUACAUAUAAAAUCAUUCGUGGGGGGUUACAAAGGC